AUGCCUCCCAAGAAGGCCGAGGGCACCACUGCCUCCAAGCCCAAGUCGGGCUCGACGCACGCCAGCUACCAGGACAUGAUUACCGACGCCAUUGUCAGCCUCAAGGAUCGCAAUGGUUCCAGCCGCCAGUCGCUCAAGAAGUAUGUCAAGGCCAACAACCAGCUGAAUGUUUCGGACAACAUGUUCGACUCGCUCUUCAACAAGGCCCUCAAGAACGGCGUGGAGAAGGGUGUCUUUGCCCAGCCCAAGGGCCCGUCCGGCGGCACCAAGCUGGCCAAGAAGAAGGCCGAGCCCAAGAAGCCCGCGGCUAAGAAGGAGGGCGCCGCCAAGAAGCCCGCCGCGAAGAAGGCUGCUCCCAAGAAGGCUGCCGCUCCCAAGGGCGAGAAGAAGGCCGCCACGGCCAAGAAGCCCGCGGCCCCUAAGAAGGCGGCCACCGCGAAGAAGCCCGCUGCUGCUGCCAAGCCCGAGAAGCCUGAGACGGUCCUGACCAAGACGAAAUCUGGACGCGUCGCCAAGGCGCAGAAGCCUGCGUCGGCCACCAAGAAGGCCGCGCCCAAGAAGGCGGCAGCUCCCAAGAAGGCGACCACGGCCAAGGCGUAG